AUGGAUAUCACAGGACUGGGAACGUUGCUACUUCUGCUUAUUACCAGCAUUUUUAUCUAUAUGACAUGGAACAAAAUGUACAAGAAAAGUAACCUUCCUCCAGGUCCAACACCUCUUCCACUGAUUGGAAAUUUACUACAGCUGAAAUUUGGUGCAAUGACCAGAUCGCUUAUGAAGAUGCAGGACCAGUAUGGCCCAGUCUAUACAUUGUACUUUGGUAUGCGGCCUGUGGUUUUCAUUUGUGGAUAUCAGGCAGUGAAGGAAGCCCUUGUAGAUCACUCAGAAGAAUUUGGGGCUCGUGGAAGACUUCCUACAAUGGACAAAUUUGUAAAAGGAAAUGGAAUUGCUUUUGCAAAUGGCAAGUGCUGGCAGCAAAUGCGAACAUUUGCCCUUAAGACCCUGAAGGAAUUUGGACUUGGGAAGAAGAGCACAGAGGUGAAGAUUUAUGAGGAGGCGCAGAAUCUGGUGAAGGAAAUCUCAAAAUUAAAUGGUUCACCAGUACAACCAUAUAAGAUUUUUUUGGAUGCCGUAGCCAAUGUAUUUUUCUCUAUUAUGUUUGGUAACAGCCUUGACUACAAGAACGAAAGAUACUUAAAGCUGUUCAGCUUAGUGGAUGAGACCUUCGUUAUUAUGAGUUCAACUUGGGGACAGUUGGAGGAUAUGAUUCCUGGACUAAUGAAAUACAUUCCAGGACCACAUCAAAAGAUCUUUGACAUAUCAGAAGAACUGCUUGACUAUGUACGGGACAGAGUGUCAAUCAACCAGAAAUCACUAGAUCCUGAUGCCCCUAGAGAUUUUAUUGAUUGUUUUCUUAUCAAGAUGGAACAGGAAAAACAGAAUCCUAACUCUCAAUUCACCAUGAGAAAUCUCUUGCUAUCAGUUCACAGCCUAUUUCUUGGUUCACUGGAUACUGUGGCUGCAACACUGAGACACGCAAUGUUAAUCCUAGUUACAUAUCCAGAGAUACAAGCUAAACUUCACAAGGAAAUUGAUCAUGUGAUUGGAAGAAACAGACUUCCACUGCCGACUGACCGGAGCCAGAUGCCUUAUACAGAAGCUGUCAUCAAUGAGGUCCAACGAUUUAUAGAUCUUAUUCCACUUAACACACAUUCAGUGGCAAAAGACACCCAGUUCCGAGGAUAUACCAUUCCCAAGGACACUGAUGUCUACGUGUUGCUCUGUACUGUUCAUCGUGAUCCGAGCCAAUUCUCUACACCGUACAAAUUCAACCCCAACCACUUCCUAGAUGAGAAUGGUGGAUUCAAGAAGAAUGAUGCUAUGAUGGCUUUUUCUGCAGGAAAGCGGAGAUGUCCCGGAGAAGGACUAGCUAUACUUGAACUGUUUCUUUUCCUAACCAUUAUCCUACAAAAAUUUACCCUGACCUCAGAGAAAAAAUUUACUGAUGCCGAUAUUGCCCCAAAAUUAAAAGGAAUUUUUAAUUACCCAAUGUCUUUUAAACUCUUUUUUGUACCACGUUAA